GCCGGCACUGGCCCUGGCCCUGGCCCUGGCACGCGCUAUGGCAAGUGAAAUGCAAGUCCAGCUCUCCGCAUUGAAAGGGGGGCAUCCUCCUGCAGUAAAAGCUGGAGGAAAGCGAAUUUCCAAAAAACAAGAAAUUGGCAUCUUGGAGAGACACACCAAGAAAACGGGAUUAGAGAAAACAAGUGCCAUUGCAAAUGCUGCCAAAAUACAGACGAUGGAUGCCCUGAACGAUACGCUGGAGAAGCUCAGCCAUAAAUUUCCAGCAAAAAUGCACAUGGCACAUCAAAAACCCAGACCUGCUCUGGAGAAGGUCACUCCACUGAAAAGGAUCUACAUUAUUCAGCAGCCUCGAAAAUGUUAAGCUGGGAUGUAAAACACAGCCAUCUAGCCAACUGCCUCUAAUAUCUGAGAGCUUAGCAGAA